GGCACGGGGCGGUCUCUGGCCCCGUCAGGCGGAGCGGGUGCGCGGUUCCCGGCCCCGCCGCCGAGAGGGGCGAGCGGGAGGCUCAGGCCCGGUGCGGGUCCCUAGGCCCGGGUGUUUCUUCCUCCUGCCCCGAAGCCCUCCGAACCUUCGAGGAUGAGCGGCGAGGACGGGAACGAGGAGUUCUAUCGGCAGCUGCAGCUCCAGCAGCAGUGCGAGGCCCAGAGCGGCGGUGACGGGGAGGCCGACCCCUUCACGUACGUGGACCCGGCCGACGGGAACGCCUACGAGUGGGACCGGGAGAAGAAGGCCUGGUUCCCCAAGAUAACAGAAGAUUUCCUGGCAACGUAUCAUGCCAACUAUGGUUUCCAUGCAGAUGAUGCAGACAGUUCAACUGCUUCUGGCACAGCAACUGAAAGUAAGCAACCAGUAAGUUCUAAGACAUCAGGAACACAACCAUCAGCAAAUGAGAAAGGAGCACAAAAGCCAGAUCCAAAACAGAAGGCAGAAAAACGGAAGCUUGAGCCAGGGUGGUUUCAUGUUGAAGAAGACAGAAACACAAAUGUUUAUGUGACUGGUUUACCUCCAGACAUUACAAAAGAUGAAUUUGUCCAGGUCAUGUCAAAAUGUGGCAUCAUCAUGCGAGAUCCUCAGACAGAAGAACACAAAAUCAAACUGUACAAAGACAAGGAAGGAAAUCUUAAAGGAGAUGGCCUCUGUUGCUAUCUAAAGAGAGAAUCAGUUCAACUUGCAUUGAGACUUCUGGAUGAGGCAGAAAUUAGAGGCUAUAAAUUGCAUGUUGAAGUUGCAAAGUUUCAACUGAAGGGGGAGUAUGAUGCAAGCAAAAAGAAGAAGAAAUGUAAAGACUACAAGAAGAAGUUGUCCCUGCAGCAGAAACAGCUGGAUUGGAGGCCGGAGAAGAAAGACGGCGCAACUCGAAUGCGACACGAACGCAUCAUUAUUAUCAGGAAUAUGUUUCACCCAAAGGACUUUGAGGAGGAUCCCUUAGUGCUAAAUGAGAUCAGAGAAGAUCUACGGACAGAGUGUGAAAAGUUUGGUCAAGUCAAGAAGGUUCUCAUAUUUGAUAGACACCCUGAUGGUGUGGCUUCUGUGUCAUUUAAAGAAGCUACAGAGGCUGAUGUCUGCAAGCUAACUCUCAAUGGAAGGUGGUUUGGUGGACGUCAGCUCAGUGCUGAAACAUGGGAUGGUGUAACAGAUUAUCAGGUGGAGGAGACUGCAAGAGAAAGGGAAGAAAGGCUCAAGGUGUGGGGAUCAUUUUUAGAGGAUCCUGAUGCAAAGGAGCAGCAAACUACAUCUGAUUCAGAUUCUGCAGCAAGUAGCAUUAAAGUGCCUGAAGGCAGACAACCUUCAGAAGUUAAUGACACAUCUAAGGAGGAUGCAAAUGAAGCUCUUAAGAGGGAGAAUAAUGGUGAGGGCAUUGCUGAAGAUGGUGCUCCAUCUACAGACAGCAGCCUUGCAGGCAGUGAUGCUGAAGCAGAUACAUAACAUUAUGAAUGCUUUAUCAAAGCAUGGUUUUUAGGGUGAUGUUUGAGUUUAUCCCUUUCUUCAGGGUGACUGCAGACAACGUUCAUACAAAUAUAUACAUAUUAGAAUGUCAUCAACUGUGUGCUUUGAAGUUUUCAUUAAAAGCAGUACUUAAUGAGGUUCUAAAAGUUUGUAUUAAUUGGCUGUUCAGGUAAAGUAACUCAAGUUGCCAAGAAUGCAGUAAAAUUCAUCAGGCUUCUUUUGUUCUAACUAUGCUUGUCAGUGUUUCAUUAUAUAAGUGUGAAAUAUGUUCCAACCCGUAAGUUUAUGUAACUGUAUGUAACUUAAGUAAUGAAAAGCUAUUUACAAGAUUUGUGGAUUUUCCUGUUAAUUUUCCUGUACCCCUUGGAACUCAGUAUCUCUACUCUUGUCCUGAGUGCUUUGGAUCAUUUUAUGCAACAGAUGCUGUGGUAUGUGUUGGGUGUUGCUAUGCAUUAAGUAGCAAAUGAUAAGAGUAGUACCAAGUCACAAACUUAAAGGAAGUGGCAAACAAAGUUGCCAUAGCCACCAUAAGGCAAACUGAGUGGAGAUAAGUUAUUAAAUUGCAGCAUUCUUUAAAUGUGGUUGUUUUUUUUUAUCAUUAUUAUUAUUUCCCUGUUUAAUCUUUUGUUGAUGCUUAGAUCUUCUGUAGAGGCUGGAAUUAUGUCAAGGACACUAGAAAUGCAUGAGCAGCACACACAUUCUGGGCCAUAAUAAAGUAAGACUGAUCUUAAGCUCUGAUGGUCUGUAUGCAGGAGGGAUGCAAAAUAGGCCUUUUGAUAGGUGGGUUGGCUUGCUUUAGUUUUCGCUUUAAUAGUAAAGGUUUUUGUUUAAAUUUUGUUAGGAUGAUGAAGGUGAGUUCUCUUCAACGUUUUAGUUUAGCCUUACGUGCUAUUCACGGUGGGGAGAAUUUCCCAUAAUUCAUUAAAUUCAAAGGCUUUUGGCAACUUGAACUACAGUUUGUUGUUCAAAAGUUAGAAUACUUGAAAACAUUCUUUCAAGUAACAUUCUUUUAUAUAGAAAAGGCUCUCAAAGAUAUUUCCAAAAGCAAGGAUUUAGAAGACAUUCUGACAUGAUCUAUCUUAGUAAGCAGCAGGCUUUCACAAAUAUCUUGGAGCCAUUUUGGACAUAGUUAUUUUUAAUUUAGACUACCAUUAGUUUCAUCCCUAAGGACAGGAGAAUAUGGAUUUAAGCACUAAAGAUUUAGAAUAUUGGUGCUAAAUUCAUAGUUCAUACAGAUGGUUACUAGUGCACGUUUGUAAGGAGGGUCUGUAGAAUUCUGUAUUUUUUCCAGAAGUCUGUCUGGUACUCCAAGUUUGUUUUGGUUCUUUUGUGUUCAGUUUUUUUUUAAACAUGUAGUCAGUAUGUAUGCAUAGCUGUGCCAGCCAGGGUAUCUAAAUUGGCACUUGCCAUUGUGGUUAUAAAUUAUAUCAUUUUGUGACAAAAUACCUGCUCUGACAACAGAGACAUUUGAAAUCAGAAUUUAAAAGUCUUGGGGCUUAUUGUAAGCAUGCACAAAAAAUUCCAGUUUUGAGUUUGACUUUAAAGAAGAGCUGUAACUCUUGUCAGCUAAGAGACCAUUUUCUUACCCUGACAACUAUACAGAUUGUACAUGUCAGCAAAGCAGGUGUUGGAACAGGUCAGGGGAACUGAAGUACUGCCUGAUUUGGAAAUGGCAUAUUGAAAUUACAUCUCUGGGUUGCAUUUGUUCUGCCUUAGUUAUUUUUAUUGGUAAUGAGCACCACAGAGCUUUGAGGGCUGAAGGUUUUGCCAUACUAAGAGUGUCAUUUAGUGUGGUGGGUAUUGCUUUCAGUGGUCCUUCUUUCUUCCAGCUUCCAGACUCCAGGCUUUAGAACUCUUAGACUGCUGUGUUUUGUUAGCUUUUUUUAGAGAGCCUACUCAUGUAACACUCUAGAGUUAAAUCACCUGUUUUACAGUGGAAUUGCAGACAUAGGGAAACUAUUGACAAAUGUAUAAAUGUUGUACAGUUCUAUGAAGCCUUAUCAUGGUGUCAGAUAUAGAAAACAAGGUUAGUGGUAGUGUUUGUAAAAAAGACUUUGAAAAAUAAAGAAUCAGAUGUGCAGUAACCUUCCUCUCUCUCCAACUGAUGUACAGAUUUGAUUGGCUUGCUUCAAAAAUCAAAGAUGAUGUUAGUGUUCUUACCUUCUCCUCCAGACUUCACACUGAAGUAGAGCACCAACAAAAACUGAGACCAAAUGCUUUACUGGCUUUCUUAUUAACUAGGAUUCUUAAGAAAAUAAAAGCUGUUUUUCCAUGAAAAUAUGUUGUUCUGAAGUGUGGCAUUACACUCAAACUUCUAUUUUCCUUUUGUCUACCUCUGUUACUCCCCAGUGAAAUGUAAAAAUAUAUUUUUAUAAACUAUUCAUGGAUUUAGUGAGGCAUUUAAUAGCCUAUGGAGAGGUUAAUGCAGCUGUGGCUUUCUUUUCAGUAGAUUCAAGUUGAGACCAAGUUCUUCUCAUGUUUUCCUUUUCUAAAUGAUGCAAAUUUUUAGGAAUUUGAACAUAAAGUUUUUUGCAGAAGUUAAAAUCACUAUUUUGAUGUAUGAUUAUGAAAAUCAUUCAGGUUAGUAAUGUUUAAUACCAAAUUUUAAUAAAUCUGAAUUCCUUUAUGAACUUCAUUUUUUUUUCCCAGAGCAUAGUGAUUCUAUGAUUAUAAAUAAAUCAGCAAGAAGUUAAAAUCCUAAUAAAAAUUUUACUAUGAUUAUUGUUUAAUUAAAAGUGCUUUCUAGUGACUUGUCUUGCUCAUUAGAAGUGACACUUGCUCAAUUCCUAAUCAUUCUUAGAUUCAGUUGUUCCAGUAUACUGCAUGUUCCUUCAUCCCUAGUUUUUUUUGGUGAGUUUUGUUUAAAAAACAACUGUAUCCUUCCCUAAGUAUGUUAUGAAACCAAAUCUAGCAGCAGGUUUGAUACCAAUGGUGGAUAAUCAGUGUUGCUCCAAUUUGAAGUGUGACAAAAUGGCUGUGGAGCCACUUAAAAGUAUGAACUUAUUUCAGCAUCAUUUUCCAUAGAGAAUCCCUUUCUUAACCAUGCAGUACAAAAUCACUUGCUUAGCUUCAAGACUUGCUGGUGGUUUGAUUUGCAACCUAAUGUUUUUAGUUGUUUUCUGGCAGGGUAAUUGCCUGGAGUUACAAGUGUCCAUCACAGAUUCCAUGGUUUGAGGAGCAUGGCCAAGGUAGACAGCUGGAAGCCAAAAGCUCCAAAAGAAAAGGCCUGUAAGUUGUAGCUGGUUCUCAAAUGUUCAUAAACAGCUGUAAAGAAAGAUUUUUUUCAUUUUGCAUCAAAAUGUUUAUCUGUUUCUCCUGCUAAUUUCUGAAAGUUUAAUUGAAUUUCAGUCCCUCGUACAACUUACUUUUUGUAUAAGGAUUGCAAUUCACUUAAAACCAUUAGUAUGUUGAAUGCAGUGCAUUUUUAGCUAAAACAUGUUCUAGACAUUAUCCAGUUAAGGUUGGUCAAUUUACAAUUACAAAGACUUAAGCUUAAUUCACUUAAGAAAACUUAAAGGUAUUGGAUACUUUGUAAGAACCCAAACAUGCCUUUAAAUUUUCAGUACAAUCAAUACUCAUACCCUGAUUUCUUAAAACAUGUAGCCUAAUCAAACUUAAAACAACAACAAAACCCAAACAAACUAAACUGAAACCCCUCCCUGUACAUAUAAAUUUUAAUUGGAUUUUAAAUUUUUAAUUUUUAUUUCUGUAUUUGAGGAAACACACUGCAGUACGAGAAACAAGUUAUGGAAGUUGUGUACUUGUGUUGAUUUGACUUGUGUGUAUUUUAGUGCUCAUUAUACAAGGCUUGAAGUCUUACUGUCAGGAUACUCUGAAAGUUCUGUAUAAUAUUUAUAGAAUUAUGAAAUCUUUUGCAGCAAAUUGUUUUUUUUGCUCAUUCUGUAAUAAGAAAGUAUAUUGUUAGAUUAAACUUUUCAGUAAGUU